GUUAAUGAUUUUGUACUUAUUAUUGAACCACAGUGUUAUAGUUAACAUGUUAGCUAUAUCCUGAGAAUUUCUAACAGAUGAAUUUUUAUUAUUCACUUUAAGUUUGCAAAACUUUUCCAUAACUGUUGAACUGUGUUGUUCUUCUGCAGCUGCUGUGAAUGCAAUGAAUAAGUCUGCCUUGCUGACCAAUCUUGAUGAAAAUCAUCAAGGAAUUAUUGGGGGUGAAGAGAGAAUAACAGUAGCAGUUGAUGAUGGUAAACCUAGUGUGAAGAAACUAAUGGAAGAAGAGAUGUUUUGUGAGGAAGGCUUAAAGAAGCAGAUAGACAGUGCGGAACCAAAACAGUCUAAUUCAGAAUAUGGAGGCAAUAAAAGGAAAAACUGCAAAAGAACAAACAGAGGUGUGGAAAAAACUGGAACGGAAAAAACUCUUGGGUCAUCACCUGAAUCUCAGAGUAUCAUAAGAAACAAAGGGACAAAUGGAGUUGGUUGCUGCUUUUUUCUCACUGAAAUUAAAAGAAGAUUAAAACAAGCUAUAGGCAAAGAGCAGCAAGAGAUCGCUCCUGAUGGUGCUUCAAAGAGAUUUGCUAACAAGUAUCGAGCAAGGGGUGAUAGUGACAAAAAAUAUAGAGAGAAUAAUGGAAGAAAUUCUCUUGGUAAGGACCACUUCUUUAAUGAAAAGAUUGCCAGGCCUCCAUCUGCUGUCAGAAAGGAAGAGAAGACUGACAUGUUGAAAGAAUGUGAAAUAGAUUUGGAGCGGGAAACUGCUGCUUGCCCCAAGAAUAGAAUGGCUAACAUUUACGUGGAGGCCAAGAAGCAUCUCUCUGAUAUGCUUACCAGUGGCACAGGGGUUCAGAAUUUUUCGAGUGGACAGGUUCCAAAAUCUCUUGGGAGGAUUCUCUCCUUUCCUGAGUACAACUUUUCUCCUACUGGCAGUCCUGGAAGAGAGUGGGGGCAAGGCCUUGUUACUGCACAGAUGAGGUUUUCUAACAAUAACGAGUUUCAGAAACAUGAAAGUAAUGGUGGCCAUCGCGGUCGAAUGACACUAAACUCAGAAACUGACUUGUGUGUUUCUAAUGACCCUGCUUAUAGUCAAGCAGUAACAUCUGCAAACCCAAAUUCAAGUUCUCCUUGUGAACUUGCCCAGGAUAAUGAAGUUGAUAAAAUCUUGUGCACUAUUGGAGAUACUUCAGGAGGUGAUGUGGAUAUUGUAAAAUCAGCUGAAAUUGGAGUACAAGAAGACUGCAAUAUCUCGGAUACUCUUUCUGAACCAAUCAACUCUUCUAGGACUGGAGAUGACCAAAAUGGUGACGUAUCUGAAGCUUGUGAUGGAAAAACAUUUUCUCGCUGCUCAAAACAUGAUUUAAAUGAAGAAAACCAACUUCCACCUUCUGCAUUAACAUCCCCAUCCACCUCUCCAAUCACCAAGAACGAUAACAAUCUAGAAGGUGUUGUAGAAGUAUCAGAGCGGCCAAGUCCUGUAUCUGUUCUUGAGCCACUUUUCACAGAGGAGGAUGUCAGCCCAGCAAGCACCAGACUCCAACCUGCUCCCCUGCCAAUUCAACCCCAAAGAAUUCAGUUUGAAGAGCAUGCCCCUUCCUCUGUGGAUAUAGGAACUCAUUUCAAAGCUCAUAUAGCAUACAAGGAAUCAAUAUUCGAGUAUGAGAAAGCAGUAGUGCAAGCCUCUGGAGAGAACUGGGAUGAAUCUUAUAUCAUGCCAAUCCUUCUGACCCACUUUUUGACCCAUCAAUAUUUGAUGAGGUAGAGUUCUUUCCGAACCAAUUUUGCUAUGACAAGAAACUUCUCUUUGAUUGUGUUGAUGAGGUUCUCAAGGAGGUAUAUGGGAAGAAUUUUGGUUGCCCCCUUGGGUUAUCAUUCGCAAAACCUACUGUCCGGC